AUGGUUGAGAUAAAGCUUUAUUUCUUUCUGUAUUUUAGUAGUGAUCUAAGUGCUGAUUUUAAAAGCUUCUCGCAGAACGUCUCAGAGUUAAUAAACUGUCCACACAUGUCAAAUAUCGACCAAAAAGAGCUGUACAGAGAAAAGUUGCAUGCCUGUUGUAAUGCGACAGGUCUUUUGUUCCUGACAAAGCAAAACACAGACGUGAAAAAAAAGAUUCCUUACGAGGACAGUGUAUACCCGAGCUACAAAAUGGCUGCCUCAAUUUAUAACAUGUUACCUGAGGAUUUUCCCUGGAGUGGGCAUCGUCUCGGUCACUGCGCUGUGGUUGGUAGUGGAGGGAUUCUGAAGAACAGUAGCUGUGGACGAGAGAUCGACACUGCAGACUUUGUUAUUAGGUUUAACAUGGCUCCCAUCUACGAGAGGGAUGUUGGUCGAAAGACUAAUCUGAUAACUAUCAAUCCAAGCCAGAUCAAACGCGCCAAAUCUGAGGAAAAGCAUCAUGGUCCAUUACUCAAGCGUUUGAAAGCCUAUGGGAAUGCAAGUCUCCUCAUGCCUGCCUUUGCAAGCCCACAGAACACUCGACUGUCAAUCGGUACCCUUAAGAAACUUUGGCCUCUACGUCCUCAGCUUCAGGUGGUCUUCUUUAGUUCCAGCUACCUCAAGGACUUGGACAGCUUCUGGAGGGAGCAUGGCCUGAAAGCGAAGCGCCUCUCUACGGGUUUUAUGUUAAUUAAUGUGGCACUAGAGCUGUGUGAUCAUGUGCAUGUUUAUGGAUUCUGGCCAUUUGACACCAAUCUGCAGGAGCAGGAACUCACACAUCACUAUUUUGAUGAUGUAAAACCUGGAAUAAGAAACUUACACUCAAUGCCAGAUGAAUUUCUGAACUUGCUGAAGCUGCACAGUCAGGGGGUGAUAAAACUGCACUUACAGCCCUGCUGGUAAACUCUGUGAUGAGGGUUUAAAAAGUCUGAAUUAAGCUAUGCUGCAUUUACAUGCUAUCAGAAAUUUGAUUAUUCUUAAUUCUGAUGUCGUGAUUAUAAGAUUGUUCUGUUCGGGUGAUUUGUUGUUGAAAUAAAUGGAGGAUGUCAGGUUUAUACUUGUGUGUUUUAGGAAAAUGUUAUUUAAAUUAAAUUUUAUCUACUACUUUAUCGACAGGGCAAGGCAAUAAAGCUGUUGCGGAUAAAAACUAAUAAAGCA